AUUUUCUAAGCCGGCAUUCAAUUGUAUAUAAGCGGCGAGUUUGGGCGCUCAAUACAGAUUGAGAAUAAAGCGAUAGCUUACGUGAUUUUGCUGUUUUGUAGGCGGUUGCUGUUUAUAAAGAAUUGCAUUAUACAAGAUGGCGUUCCCACUUCUUCCGUUACUUUCCCGAAAUUGGUGGGACACCUGGGAUUAUCCUCAGCGUAUCUUUGACCAGCAUUUUGGAUCGGGUCUCGUAGAAUCUGAUCUACUACCACCUACUGUGUACCGUGGUUAUCUGAUUCGGCCGCGAACUCGAGGCAACAUCGAUGCGUCUGGACAAUCUGUGGUGAAGAAUGAAUCUGACAAGUUUCAAGUGAUGCUGAAUGUGAGCCAGUUCAAACCUGACGAGAUAACGGUGAAGACUGUUGACAAUUACAUAGUCAUCCACGGUAAACACGAAGAAAAAUCUGACGAACAUGGUUUCGUUUCCCGUGAAUUCACUCGACGCUACAUGCUACCAGAAGGUACAGAGCCAGAAAGUGUGAAAUCGUCUUUAAGUCAAAAUGGAGUACUGACCAUCGAAGCACCGAAGAAGGCUAUAGAACCACCGCCUAGUAAUGAACGUGUAGUGCCUAUUUCUAUGGAAAAACCGGCAGUAGACCAGAAGUGAACUCUAGUGAACUUUGUUAAUUGUAGGACAUUCCUACUUCUGCAGUGACUUUUCUCUCAUCUGUGUAAAUUCAGCGACUUAACAUGUUGUUAAUAAUGUGAACUGUAUCAUUCACGAAUUCAUCUGUUUUUGAAAUUGAAUGUGGUCUGAGAACGUGAAAAUUUACUAAUAAAUUUUUUUUUCAGUUAAA